AUGAGUGCCUCGCGAAAGAACAAACGCGACUUGACCACGCGGAGCGUGGACAUGCUCAACAGCGUCAUGGACAACACCGGCGCGAACCCCCAUUCCAGAAGCAAACCGCGUUUCCGGCGUUUACCCUCGCAGCCUAUCAACCGUUUUGGUAGCAGGACGCCGCAAGUCCCGCGGGGCGAUGCUAUUUGGGAUAUUCCGUCGGACACUUCGCCGGAGAAGACACGACCUGCGUCACAGACCGAGCCCCUUUCUCUGAGACGAUCCCAACGAGCUCGGAAGCAGGUUCAUGCAGUGGAGGAUACCCCGACUAGGUCCUCGCGGAGAUUGGCACGUGUCAUUGAGGAUAGGCAUGAGCGAAGUGACGAUGAAGAUGAUUCUGAAACGGGGGAGGAAUUGAACGAAAUCAUUGAUAAGCAGUUAGGUGGCGCGAGGUUGAUCGGGUUGGUGAACAAGAAGAGAAACGCGGACGUGAGCCAUGCACCUAUCGAGGAAGAAAGGGGAGAACAAGAAGACGAAGGCGAAAGGGCCUCGGAGGAACCUAUGAAUCCUUCCCCUUCGAGAGAGCUCAGAGUUCAGGAAUCUCGGACGACCGGCGCGCAGGAAGCCCAAGAGGACGACCCGGAAUGGGCUCCCGAUACAGCAGCAAGUGAAGAGUUAAGAGAAGAAGAUGAUGAGAGAGGAUCGGACACUAACGGGCCGCCAGAGUCUACACAUAUCAUCCAGACUCGAAGGUUGACUCAAGAGAUAACCUCGCCGCGAGCGACAUGGAGACAUACCCUUGCGGCUCAAGCAGUUGAGAAAGAGGUUGACGAACCCUCAAGAAGGCCGAACAGAAGGUCGCUGCCGGUGCAGAAUGGUUUGAGAAAAGGAAAGAGUGCUCAAGACAAGCAGGCGGAUAGAACGGCUGGGCUGUCAGAGGUAUCUGAAUCGGUGCGAGAUGAGUCUGAAUCAGAAAGCUCGUAUGAACCGGUGGCAGAGGAAGACGAAGAGGAAGAGGAAGAGGAAGAAGCAGGGGCGAGUCGACAUUUGCCCGACACGCAGCAGGAGGAACCGUCUAUCGCCGCGCGGCCAAGCAAGAGACGCCGUACCGAUGAGUAUCAGCGCAACCCUCAAGUCGAGGUCUUGCGCAAACAGCCGACGCCGCCGCCUGUGCAUUCAAAUCCAUCGCCUCCUGAUGACUACCGGAGCCGCAGGAGCUCGCGUCAUCGCUCGGAAAGUCUCGCUUUUGUCACAAGGCCCAUCGGUGCUAUCUCAGAUGAUGCGCAGAACGGGACUCGGGUGAGAAGUCCGAGAGAAAAUGCGGGGGAUAAAGCGUGGUUUGCGGAGGCUUCGAACCUUGGACAGCAAAAGGAAAACUGGGAUAUUCUAGUGACGGAAGCAUCGGAGUUGAAAGAGAAUAAAGACCCCUCUCGAGCCGAGUCCUUCGGGGCAAUCGACCAACAAUUAUCUCAGCUACGGACGAGAUAUACAAAGAUUAACAGGCAACUCCGAUCUCGACAUGGGCCUCUCCGAGAGAAUCUGCGUGAGUGCGAAGACCUUCGCCAGGCCGUCUUGGAAGAAGGGACCAGGAUCCUUGACAGCGUCUACUAUCUGUCUCUCCGCCACGCAGAGUCGCAUGCACUGCUGGAACAGGCGCAUGAGCUGGUCGGGGAGUUUGAAGCCCGGAUUUUUCCCACCAUGAUCAAAGUGAUACUUCUUUGCUUUGAAGCCUACUACACCAACCGGAGACUCUUUCCGUCGGCUUAUAGACAUCUUGCCGGGGCGAUGAAGCUCCUUCUACGAUUCUGCGACCGAAUUGCCAGCCUGCGCGCCGAGCGAUAUAUACGGUGCGAUAUACACAGUCCAACCAUCCGCAAGCCGCUUCGAGAGCUGAUCAAGGCGUUGGAAGACAACUUGCUACGACGCCGCGUGAAUGAGACCGAGGGGGCCUCCAGAGGCGACAAGAGGAGGGAAUGGACCGAGGAUGAGAAGAUUGCUCUGCUGGAUGGAUUGAAGCUGUUUCUGGGUGAGGACCGGUAUGUUCGCAUGGUCUGCCAUUUUGGACAGAAACUGCGUCACCGGACCCUACAGGAGCUUCAGACGAAAGCUCGAGAGAUUCAUGACCGAUAUCUCCCUCGAAUCCAGGAGGAUCUCAGAACGGUAGAAGGGCGUCGACAAUGGCAAUGGUUGUUGAGUGUGAACGGCGUUCAUCGUCCGGUGUCGGUGGAUUGA